AUGUAUGAAGAACAGUUUUCAAUAUCACCCCUACCCACCAACCCACCUCCAGACCCACCCCCUCUUGAAAGGAGGCCAUCAUUUACAAAACCAAAUCAGGCUCUGACAAGUCCUGCCUCUUCCCCACCCCCUGUGAAGGACAUUGGGGAGCAUAGGAGCCCAGAGAAUCCACCUAAAAGUGCACCUUUGAGUCCUGUUAGUCCUGUAAGUCCUGUCAGCAAGCAAGGUGUGGCAGUAGGGGGGCUACAGGAUGGGCCUGUAAAACCCAAAAGAAGUGCCCCACCACCUCCCCCUUGUGCUUCCAGUCCUCCACCGCCAAAGUCACCUUUGUCCCAACCUGUGACGCCUGUGAAGUCAGCUAGUCCUAGUCCUUCUCAAACAAAAUCUCAGCAAGUGUCAUCUCCAACUCUCAGUCCAUCUCCACAAAAAACUCAGUCAGUCUCAUCACCAAGCCCCAGUCCAUCUCAAUCAAAAUCUCAGUCAAAGUCUAAGCCAAGUAGAUCAUCCAGCUUCACUGAACCACAUGGUGCCGACACGGAUACGAACCCUGCAAAAAUGUCGUCUCCGAAAUCGACGAUCAGAAGGGCUUUUGCCAGCAUGAAAAAACUGGGGGGCAAAAGGAAACACAGACACAGUAAGACCAUAGAGAUUAGUGCUCCUAUUGCAGUGAAUGAUGAGGUGCCAGGCUUUUUGGAGCAGAAAGAGGCAGUGCGGCGUCGGACCUUUUCCGAAGUGAAGCCUCUACAAACCGAGAAGACCAGGGCGUCAGAGCCAGAUCAGGUUCAGCCUGCAGAAGCUAUUGCCCCUUCCGCUGAAUCGGUACUCCCACCUGCUACAGCUGAACAUGCUUCAUCUACCACUCCUCCCUCCACUGUGGAAUCACCAGCCAUUGAGGAAAGAUACGGCAAGAAAAGUUCUCCCAUUAUGCAGACCAAGCCAGGGAUUGGCUACCAGAACUUUCCUUUGUCAAAGGGAGGAGACACCCUGGAGCGUCCAAAAAAGCCUCCUCGCGUGGCCAAAGUUGUCAAACCAUUGCAGCACAACGAGCCGACGCCAGGUCAAGGUACCAACCAGCAAGAGGAAGAACCAACCUAUCUGCAACCCAAUGAAGAUGAGCUUACAAUCAAAGUAGAGACAGCGUUGGCCAAUUUGACUGAUGCUGAAAUCCUCGCUGAAGCUCUAUCAAGAGUGGAGCAAGAAUUACUUGGACCACUACCAGCCAUUCCUAGAUCCCGGCAGGUUCAUUUCCCAAGUGAAAAUUCCGAUGGCUCAAACACUUUUGCGGUUGGCAAACCAGAUCUCCCGAAGCGUCCCGUACGGGUCGUUUCCCCAACCCUCAUCAACGGGUCAGGGGACAGGGGCGAUUCCAGAUCUCGCCCCAGACUUCCCUCUAGGCCGCCAAACACAAAGCCAGCGGAACAGCCCAUGCGAGAACGAUCCCAAAGUCUAAGAACACAAACUUUAGACCGACAGAAACCCCCAGCUUUACGUAUCCGAAGUCAAUCGAUGACUGCGAAUGUCCUAGAGAAGCGCUACAAUAAGAUUUUGAAACUGCAGUUGCAAACGUUGGAGGAAAUGAUUCAGUCUUGGAGAGGGGAACUGCUGCCUGACCCAGAGCUAAACUUGUCUGAUACGCGGUGGUCAGACUACGAGCUCUGUGGUGAUGCUCUGAGCGUGCAAUGUCAUGGAGCUGUUCUUCUACCCGUGAAAUGUGCCAUGUUUUGGGAAGGAAACAAGAAGUUACUUGCUAAGGUGGAAUACCCGCUGCAUUCCAGAACUCGCUCUUCGGAACCUUCACCUAACCAGCAGGAUAUACGUGUAUGCGAGGCUCUGCCGUAUCACGUGAACAUAUCUCGAAUGCAAAAAGCUUUGUUAAAUACUGCACAAGCUGGCAAUGAUGGUGAAUAUAUGUGGUUUUAUUCUGCGUUGUUUACACAGUCUCAAGAUGCAUGA